UUGUGACAAAAAAGAUGAGCUUGAGAUUGAAAGAACAUCCUCUACGGAAUCCACUGGGUCUAGAUCAAAGCGGGAAAUUUCAAAUUCGUGGAAGAAUGGCAGUUACGAACGCUACAAUGCAAGCAUCCACCCAUGCGACAGGCAUGAUAUGCACAUUGAUUUUGACGAGUUGGGCCUACAACUUAUUGGACCUAAAAGUUACAACGCUUAUCAAUGCUUAGGCUACUGUAAAAAACAGGAGUAUGUUUCUACAGUAUACUCCAAUAUUCGAGAAAUUAUUUACAGGAGACAAGAAGUCGAAACAAGAGAUCGAUGCUGUGCUCCAAACAAGAUGACGAAAAUUCCAGUAGCUUAUUGUGAUAGAAAAGGUCAAGCUGUUCUCCGAGUAGGUUCACGUUUUUAUUGUAAGAGAUUAUUUGAUAAGUAA